CUAGUAUUACUAGUUAAAGACCAAAGUACUAGUGAAAAAACACAAUGAGGGCUCGUGAGAUGUUGGGAUUGAUGGUUAUGGGACUCCUACUAGCAAUGGUUCCCACAACCAUGCAACACCCCAUAACCCACCCGAACCGUGACGGGUUGUUUAUCGGGCUCGUCUUAUCAACUGCUAAUGAUGAGACUCUACUCUUGAAUUCUGGUUUGUUUGUCCCUGAAACUUCCGUCAAGAAAGCUGGAAGAACAUUCAACAUUGGUACUUUUAAUGGUGUUCCCACAGUCUAUGUCAUCGCAUUAGCACCACUUGCGCAUGUAAGUGCAACAGUACAAAUCCUCAUCGAUAGUUUCCGUGUCACAGGUAUCAUCGAUUACGGAAACGCUGCGUCUGUUAGCCCUUCUCUAAAACUUGCUGAUGUCGCAGUGCUUGGUAAAACUGCCUUUACUGGUGCAUGGACUUGGGAGGAUUAUGAAGAUCGAGUUCGACAAUCUGAUGAGUUACCAUCAUUGAAAUUUGGGGACUACAACGUUCCAGAAGCAGGAGAUAACAAAUUGGCUAGUUUACAGUACAACAAGAUCAAAAAGUACACAGCAAAAGGUGCAAAGAAGGACACCUUCUGGUACUAUGUAGAUCCUGAAUGGCUAAACAUUGCUGCUAAUCUUCUGGAUACCCCUCUUGAUAGUUGCAUCAACGGAAGGUUGUGCACUAAGGACGUACCAAGUAUUGUGUAUGGAGUUAAAGGAUCAUCGUCUGACACCUAUGUUCAAAAUGUGGCAUACGGAAAGUUUCUAAAUAAGGAACUUGAUGUUUCCACCGUUGAUAGGAAAAGUGCAGCCACAGUCUCGACUGCGGUUGCAAAUGGAGUGAAACACAUCGUGUUCCGUGCUGCUUCGAACAAGCCAGGAGUGGAAUAUGACCAAAAACUUAGUGCUUUGGCAAGUAAAAACAAUCUCAAAGUUGUUUCUGAGUUUGUUAAGUUGAUCUCUGUUCAGCCACUUUUGAAGAUGUUCCACUGAAGUAUUUCUAUUCAGCCAUGUUAGUUGAUUAUCUAGUAGUAUUAUGUACUAAAAUAAAGAGGGCCACAAGGAUGAGAUGUGACGCUUAUGGUGUUUAGAGCUUUGAGCAAAGUAUCAUGUACCCAACUUUGUAAAAAUAAUUAAUGAAGAGCCUAUAUUUUAAUUGU